UCACUGCGGGACUUCGGUCGUCGAUUGUCCACGAAUUCGGUCGUUUGCGUCUGCACCAACUGCGCUCUAUUCGCUCGCUCUCUCUCUCGCGGCUCGCGUGAAAGUCGUAAAGUUACGCUACAGCUCUCCACGAUACCAAAAACGAAAAGCACAACCAAAAUUCGCCAGCGGUAGAAAAACCGAUUGAAACUGCAAUUGCAAUGCCUAAAAUGCGUACGUGAGUUUCGCGCAGUGUUUGCUGUGAAAGUUCAAGUGAAAGCCGAAAGCAGAAAGAAACAAAGCGAGAAUACUUGCAAAGCAAUAAACCAAAAAAAAAAAAAGUGCAAAAAUACCUAAAGUUUAAACAAAGCAAAGGAAACAAGUAAUACAAAAAAAAAAAAACAUGGCCAUGCUGUGUCCGCCGAUGGGCUUGGGUCAUCCACAUGCCGCUCCCGUGCCACGCCCACCGCCCAGCAACUCGGAGAAGAAGAGAAUCCGUCGCAAUCUAUUCAAUACCGCACCCAGGGACUCGGAGAUCGAUCAGCUGUUGGCCCAGGAGCAGCACAUGAAGCGAUUGUACGUCAAGGAGCGCUACGGAUUCGACAUCCAGCUGGAGGCCCGUCGCGAUGCGGAUGCCGCUGCGGUUAGGGGUACGGAUACGGAUGCCCAUGCGCUGCGCGGAAUGAGGUAUCCAACCACACAGAUGAUACCCAGCAGCGAUGCUGAUGAGUGCAAUCCGAAGGCAGUCAGCGAAGCGCCGAGGGGCAUGGCCCUGACUCCCGCCCAGAUCUCCGCCAGCGCACAGCUGAUACUCCAGAAAAGCAAGAGCAGUGCGGAAUUGGCCAACAGCACGAGACAUGGCCAAAAGCCAUAUGCGACGCAGCCACAAGGCCUCAAAGGCAUGUACAACGUUCGCAAGGCCGUUAAGGGUAUUUCGAAAGCCAACGUCAAGAAUAGUUACAACAACAACGACAACAACAGCAUCAUCAUCAGCAGCAGCAACAAUAACAGGAAUAUGAUUAACAAUGUGGAUAAUGGUACUAGCGAAUUGGCAGAUCAGAAGCAGUAACUUGGGAUCGGGAAUCGGAUCAAGAAUGACGAUGACGACGGCGAAUGGCCCCUGGUGGAGCAAUAAUUGCAAUAUAUGAUAUUUAUUGUAAAU